AUGGCUAAACCAAUUACGGAGGCGGAGCCUCCACCACCUGCACCUGACCCUAAUUCCACCCACCCUCUUCCCGACUUCGAUUCCAUCUCGAUCCCUCCGUUCGAUCAAUUUUACCAUCCCGGCUCCGAUCAGACUCCGAUUGGUGAAAUGAUGUCCGAUCUGGAGUUUCCUAUUGACGCCGACGGUGAAUUCGAGCUCACUUUCGACGGUAUGGACGAUCUCUACUUUCCCGCUGAGAACGAGUCGUUUCUCAUCCCUGUGAAUCAAGAGCAGUUUGGAGAUUUCACUCCGGAGUCUGAAGGUUCUGGAAUUUCUGGAGAUUGUGUUCCUAAAGAUGUCGAUAAGAGUAUUACUCGCUUACCCUCCACUUCGGGAUGUUGUAACCGUGAACCUCCUAGGGAUUCCGAUGAUCGAUGCUCCGGUGCUGAGCCUGGUUUGGAUCUACCGACUCCUUUGUCGUCUCAGGGCUCGGGUAAUUGCGGUUCUGAUGUCUCGGAAGCUACAAACGAAUCCUCUCCUAAAUCAGGAAACGUCGUUGUCGACCAGAAGGUUAAGGUUGAAGAAGCUGUUACCACAUCUGUUACCAAGAGGAAGAAAGAGAUCGAAGAAGAUUUGAGUGAUGAAUCGAGGAACAGUAAGUACAGGAGAUCGGGAGAUGAUGCAGAUGCAAGUGCUGUUACCGGUGAAGAAGAUGAGAAAAAGAAGGCGAGACUGAUGAGAAACCGUGAAAGUGCGCAGCUUUCGAGACAGAGGAAGAAACAUUACGUUGAGGAGCUUGAAGAGAAGGUUAGGAAUAUGCAUUCUACUAUAACGGAUUUGAACGGGAAGAUAUCGUAUUUCAUGGCUGAGAAUGCUACUUUAAGGCAGCAAUUAGGUGGUAAUGGAAUGUGUCCGCCGCAUCAUCCACCGCCUUCGAUGGGAAUGUAUCCGCCAAUGGCUCCAAUGCCUUAUCCAUGGAUGCCUUGUCCACCUUAUAUGGUGAAGCAACAAGGGUCUCAAGUGCCUUUGAUUCCCAUUCCUAGGUUGAAACCACAUAAUAUCCUUGGAUCAUCUAAGUCCAAGAAGUCGGAGAGUAAGAAGAGUGAAACUAAGACCAAGAAGGUCGCCAGUAUUAGUUUUCUGGGUCUUCUGUUUUGUCUGUUUUUGUUUGGUGCAUUGGCUCCAAGUGUGAACGUUAAUUAUGGAGGAAUUAGUGGUGCCUUUUAUGGGAACUAUAGGUCUAAUUACGUUACUGAUCAGAUUUAUAACCAGCAUAGGGAUAGAGUUUUGGAAACAUCUCGUAGUGUUGCUGGUACUGGGGUUACUAAUAGUAAUGGGAUGCAUGGCGGGAGAGAUCCUGAUCGAGGAACAGGAAAAAAUGUAUCUGCAACCGAGAGCUCUGUACCUCCUGGAAAUGGUAGUGAGCCUCUAGUCGCAUCACUCUUUGUUCCGAGGAAUGACAAGCUUGUGAAGAUAGAUGGGAAUUUGAUAAUUAAUUCUAUUUUGGCGAGUGAGAAAGCCGUGGCUUCGCGAAAGGCUUCUGAAUCAAAUGAGAGGAAAGCUGAUUUAGUGAUUCCUAAGGAUCAUUCCCCUGCACUGCCUCUACCUGAUGUGGGAAGGACUGAGGAUAUGGCUAAGCAUCUUUAUAGAUCUAAGACUGAAAAACAGAAAGCUCUCUCCUCUGGCUCUGCUGAUACUCUGAAAGACCAAUUCAAAACAAAAGCAGCCAAUGGUGAAAUGCAGCAAUGGUUUCGUGAAGGUGUUGCAGGGCCAAUGUUCAGUUCCGGGAUGUGCACUGAAGUGUUUCAGUUUGAUGUCUCCUCAACCUCUGGAGUCAUCAUUCCUGCAUCUUCAGCAACCAACGUCUCUGCUGAACAUGGUAAAAACACCACAGACACAGACAAGCGCAAGAAUAGAAGAAUCCUUCGGGGAAUCCCCAUUCCACUCCCUGGAUCCAAUUUUAACCUCACUAAAGAGCACCAAAGAAACAGCUCUAGCAAAGAAAUCAAGCCUGCAUCAUCAAUGGUUGUGUCCGUGCUUGUUGAUCCCAGAGAAGGUGGUGAUGGAGUUAUCGAUGGGAUGAUUGGAGGACCAAAAUCACUGUCCCGAGUUUUUGUUGUCGUGCUUCUGGACAGUGCAAAGUAUGUAACAUACUCAUGCGUCCUACCUCGAUCAGGAGCUCCUAAUCUUGUGACCACUUAA